AUGGCUACCUCUAAUCGCGUUACCUAUCCCCCCUUGGUGGCUCAUGGUCCCGACAACCAUGGCGCCACUGUUGUCGUUGUUACCUAUUCAUUGAUGUUCACAACCAUACUUUUCGCUCUCUUGCGGUCAUGGUCCUCAUACAUGCAAAGGAGAGAAGUGAGAUGGGACGACAUCGCAUUCUCGAUCGCAGUGGUGUUGGUGAUACCGGAGAGCAUUCUUACCGAACGGGCUGUUGGCCAUGGUCUCGGACAACAUAUCAAUGCCGUCGUCUCCUCGGAGCUUCCUGGAUAUUAUAAGUAUAUUUACGCAAGCCUGUUACUCGGUGUUAUUAUUCAAACUUUGGCCAAGUUCUCCGUCAUCCUCAUGAUAGAGCGCAUCGUGUCUAAACAUGCAACAAAACGGUCUGGUCUUAUCCUGAAGAUCUGCAUCGGAAUAUGGGCCAUUUUCUCCUUCUUCGCCAUUGCAUUCCAAUGUGGAGUUCCCCGACCCUGGGAGUUCAUCAACGCCAAAUGUACCGCCGAGGGUAGACUGCUAUAUGUUAUCGCGGCCGGUAACAUCCUCACGGAUGGUACUCUCGCCUGCUAUUUCAUCCCAGUCAUCUGGAAGCUGCAGAUGUCACGGUCAUUGCGAUUCAUGGUCUCUUCGCUAUUUGCAGUGAGGCUUGUUGUUUGUGCGGUGACAAUCCCCUACUUUGCCCUCUUGCCAAAUUAUAUCUCAUCCGAUGACAAAACAUGGUACAAUGCCAAUGUUCAGAUUUUCCACCAAGUUGUUGUCAAUAUGUCCGUAGCCACCGCUGGCAUCCUCAGUGUGCGCCGCUUCCUUUCCGACUUGCAAACUGGUAAAUUAGGCAUGGUCUUGAACGACAAUGAGAUUGAGAUGAUCACGGGCCAGAGCAGGGAUCGAACCAAAAAUAACUCGGGAAAUAAUUCCAACAAUACUUCAGGAUUGUUCGGGCGCAGCAAAAAUAAGAGUGAACAUCAAAGUUCAAAAUUGCAGACACGCUCCAACAUUAGCAUCUUGGACAGCGCAGGCAACAUGCGUUUACGCCCCGAUGAAACCGCACGGUUUACUACACAUAUUGUCGGAGGAAGCAGCAGCGGUAUCGUCCAAGAGAGAGACGGCAGGAACAGGAAGGCUCCUUCGGGUGAUACGACCAAAAGUGAAGACGAGAUAAGCGACGACAAGUCUACGAGCAGUUUGAGGAAGAAUGGGGUGUAUCAACGGCGCGAUUUUGAGAUGCACGUCGAGUACGAUUAUCCUGAUGGAGACAGCAGGUGA